AAAGAAUAUUAUAUAUUAACUCUCUUCUUGAAAACAUUUCUGUUUCUGUUGAGCAACAACAAAUUAAUUCCAGCUCCUCUUCACAUAAUAACAGUUAAAGGAAUGAAAAAGAAAAAAAAAAAAGAAAAAAAAACAUCUUCAAAACAGAUGGAUCCUCCGUAAUAGCACAACCUUACGUUAUUAUUAUUUCUCCCCAUGCAAAAAUUACCCCCUCCCUCUUUCCAUGCAAAACCCACCGUCUCCGCCAUUCCCCUAAAUUUUUACCACCUUCCUCUCACAUCUUUUACUUUUUACUACUCUCUCCUUCAUGUUGCUCCUGUUAUUUCCAUGGAGGAGAGGGAUCAUCAACUACCUUUUAAUCAACAGCAUCUCACGGAUCAUACUAUUCUCCAAAACACCAUAUUCACAGAUCCUAACCCUUUAUCUGAAAACCAACCCGAACCGCUUUUCGGGGCAGGGACCUACGUCGUACAGGUCCCCAAAGAUCAAGUCUUCCGCGUCCCGCCUCUGGAGAACAGGCGGCGCGUGCAACACAGCACGUCCCCACGGCGUGACGGUCAACGUUGUUGUUUCGGUUGUUCUACGUGUUUGUGUGUUACCAUUCUGGUUGUUAUGAUAAUUGUGGUGGUCGGAAUCGUUGGCGCGGUUAUUUUCUUGACCGAGGACGAUCCCACGUUCCGAAUCGAGCGCGUGACGUUCACGAAGCCGCCUCCGGGCUUCAAUUUUCGGGUACAGGUCGAGAAUCCGAAUAAGUACAAGGUGGUCACUUACGAUCCGCAGAGGGAUUCGGAUGUUCGUUUGAAAUUCAAGGAGAAAGAAAUCGCAAAGGGGAAGUUCCCGAGUAAUUUCGAUCAAGACCCGAAGAAUACGACGACGUUUGGUAUUGUCCUUCGUGGUGGAUCAAAUCUGCCGAAGGAAACCACGCAAAGCACCAACAAUGGUAAUAAAAAUUCCAAAAGCGGUAUUCCUUUGACGCUAUCGAUGAAUGUUGGGGUGCAAUUUAAAGUUGUUGGACAGGUUAUUAAUAGUAAGAGGAUUGAUGUAACAUGCAGUUUAACAGUUGACAGAUUGGAUAAGGAUACCAAGAUUUUGAAUCAAGAUUGUAGUAUCAAUUAAGGAAUCAUGCCUGGUUAAUUUCGGGUAUCGGCGCAAACCCUAAGGAUUAACCGGAUACGCUUUUGAAAAAGCGGGAAAAAAAAUAAAAAUAUGAGAGGCUCCUUUCGUCUCUGAUGUCAGCUGACGUUGAAGGCGGGUUCUGGAACUGAUUUGGUCAUGAUUAUGUAUGUGGUAUGAAAGUCUUGUCUGUCAAGGUAGUUUUCUUAUGGAUGAAAAUUGAUAUUCUUUCGUCAAGAAAUUCGUUUUCUUGGAUGUAAAGUUUUCAUUUUCUGUAGCAUUUUGAUACCUUCUAAUUUAUGAUGAUCCCUUUCUUUUUUUUCUUUUUUUCUUUCAUUCCUCUUUUUUUUUUUUGGUAUUAGUUCAGCAUAGUAAAGAAACAAAAUCGAAGAGAGCGCAAUCAUCCUUCCUUGUUUCAUUCUCUCUCGUAGAGAGUUGGUGGUUUAUUAAUUCAAAAUGGAUCUUGAAUUCUUGAUCAUUCUGCCUAUAUACUCAGUUUAGACACAGCAUGUGUUUUCAUUAA